AUGUCGAACAAACACCACGUUGCUGCUCAUCCGUGGCACGACUUGGAAAUCGGUCCAGAAGCUCCUACUGUCUUCAACGUUGUCGUAGAAAUCUCCAAGGGAAGCAAAGUCAAGUACGAGCUUGAUAAGAAGUCCGGCCUUAUCAAGGUCGACCGUAUUCUGUACUCUUCGGUGGUGUAUCCUCACAACUAUGGGUUCAUCCCGAGGACUCUCUGCGACGAUAACGAUCCAAUGGAUGUCCUCGUCUUGAUGCAGGAGCCAGUGAUUCCUGGAUGUUAUCUUCGUGCCAGGGCAAUUGGGCUUAUGCCUAUGAUUGAUCAGGGAGAGAUGGACGACAAGAUCAUUGCUGUGUGCGCCGACGACCCAGAGUACAAGCAUUUCAAGUCUAUUGACGAGCUUCCGAGGCACAGACUGCAAGAAAUCAAGCGUUUCUUUGAGGACUACAAGAAGAACGAGAAUAAGGAAGUCGCAGUCAACACUUUUCUCGGUGCCACAGAAGCCGUUUCAGCUGUGAAGAAAUCCAUGUAA